AUGACAAAACACAUUACACUCUUUGAACCUCCGCCACAGGACAAGUCCAGAGCGCAAAUCGAGAAUGUGCUCGACUUGACUCCAGUGGUGGACCUCGGCCCAGAUGUCUUUACAAACACUCGGCCACUAUGGCAUCCUCCCGGUGCCCGAGGAAUCUACGGUGGCGCCGCUAUCGCUCAGUCCCUAUCCGCUGCGAUGCGUACCGUACCAGCGGACUUUGCCGUCCACAGCAUGCACUGUUACUUCGUCCUCGCAGGUGACUCUGAACUACCGAUUCUGUACCACGUCGAACGCGUACGCGACGGACGAAGCUUUAUCACUCGGACCGUACAAGCGCGCCAACGUGGCCGUCCAAUCUUCACGACCACGUUGAGUUUUAGCCGAGUGGGCAGCGGGGGUGAGAAGACGUUGAACCAUGCGACACCAAUGCCCGAUGUCUCGCUCCCAGCGGAUGCGGUACCAGGGACUGUCAAGGCUCUUAGCGACGCAGGGGGUGGUCCAUUUGAGUCAAAGAAAGCGGGCAUCAUCAACCGAAACCAGAACCCCGAAGAUAAGAGAGUUCGACGGUUCGUUCGGGCGCGUAACCGAAUCUCCGACGAAGGGGGUUUCCAGGCCCACUUAUCCGCUCUGGCUUAUAUUACCGACAGCUUCUUCAUUGGGACUGUCUCUCGGGUCCAUGAUAUUCCUCGCUUCUCGUCCCCAGCCGACCUCCAAAAACUUCUCAAGGCACUGAAGAACCCGUCUGACCUUGAUGACGAAGACAUCACCAAGGCCCUCAAGGAGUUAAAGGAAGAAGAAGCGGCAGAUCUACGACGCCAACUCGAAGGAGCCCUGAGCAACGCCAACAAGGAAGACCAUAAAGAAUUAGGCAUGAUGGUCAGUCUUGAUCAUUCGAUCUACUUCCAUAAUCCACUGGCCUUCCGCGCCGAUGAGUGGAUGCUUGUUGAAACGGAGAGCCCUUGGGCUGGAGAGGGACGCGGAUUGGCCAUUCAGAAGCUCUGGUCGCAAAACGGGACAUUGAUUGCGACAUGUACCCAAGAGGGUGUUGUGCGAUUAAAGCAGGAUAAACCUCCGCUUUCCAAGAUCUAG